AUGGCCCCACCGCGGGGAAAGGCGACGCGGAGAGCUUCGGAAACCGCCUCCGGGGUUUCGGCGCCGGGUGUGAAGGGCGGCGCUACCGCGGAGCCCAGCGAGCCCGCGGCUGUCCCAAAGGCCGCCCGGCCUGGCGCGCGCAGGUGCGGUCCCGCUGGGGCGUCGGGGUCCGGGAGGAAGAAGCCGCAGGUGCGCGCGCGGGCAGCCCGCGCCGAGGACCAGGCGGAGGGGCCGGCGGCUCCGACCGCAGACGCAGAGCCUCCCGCGGUCCCCGGGCACCCCCUGCCCAGGGCUACCGCUCGCAGCCGGGCGACCGCGCGCUCCGCUCGGGCGGGGAGACCCCAGUCCGGGCCCCCGGAAGGCCCCGGCCCCGGCCCGCGGGCCCCCGCCCCGCAUCUCGGGCAAAGGGAGGAGGCGCCCGGCGCCUGGAAGCCCCGGGCCGUGCUGGAGAAGUUGAGGCUGAAACGUCAGGAGAUCUCCGUGGCGGCGGCGAUGGUGAACACGCUGGUGGACCACCUGCUGCGGCGGCUGAAUAGCCGCGAGUCGGAGUUCAAAGGCGUCGACCUGCUCCGCUCCGGGAGCUACUACGAGCGCGUGAAGAUUUCUGCUCCUAAUGAAUUUGAUGUUAUGUUCAAACUGGAGGUUCCCCGAAUUCAGCUGGAAGAAUAUUGCAACAGUAGUGCUCAUUGCUUUGUGAAAUUCAAAAGAAAUCCCAAAGGAAGUCCUCUGGAUCAGUUCUUAGAAGGGGGAAUCUUAUCGGCUUCUAAGAUGCUGUCCAGGUUUAGGAAAAUCAUUAAUGAAGAAAUUAAAAAUAUUGAAGAUACUGAUGUCAUUAUGCAGAAGAAGAAGAGAGGGAGCCCUGCAGUAACACUCCUGAUUAGAAAGCCUCGAGAGAUAUCUGUGGAUGUAAUCCUGGCUUUGGAGUGCAGAAGCAGCUGGCCUGCUAGCACCCAGAGGGGCCUGCCCAUCAAUAACUGGCUUGGAGGGAAGGUUAAGAGCAGUCUAAAACGCCAGCCAUUUUACCUGGUACCCAAGCUUGCAAAGGAGGGAAGUCGUUUCCAAGAAGAAACAUGGCGGCUGUCCUUCUCUCACAUUGAAAAGGCCAUUUUGAAAAAUCACGGACAAUCUAAAACAUGCUGUGAAAUUGAUGGAGUAAAAUGUUGCAGGAAAGAGUGUUUAAAGCUGAUGAAAUACCUUUUAGAACAACUGAAAAAAAAGUUUGGAGACCAAAGGGGACUGGAUAAGUUUUGUUCUUAUCACGUGAAGACUGCCUUCUUUCACGUCUGUACCCAGAACCCACAUGACAGUCAGUGGCACUACGAGGACCUGGAGCUCUGCUUUGAUAACUGUGUGACGUACUUUCUUCAGUGCCUCAAGACAGAACGCCUUGAGAAUUAUUUCAUUCCGGAUGUCAAUCUCUUCUCUCGAGACGAAAUUAACAAGCUAAGUAAAGAAUUUCUCUCAAAGCAGAUUGAAUAUCAGCAAAACAAUGGAUUUCCAGUUUUUGAUGAAUUUUGA